CUGCACGGGCGCAGGGGGCGGGGCGCAGCGGGUGCACGCGGGCGCCGGCGCGCCGCUGCUCAGGGUCGCCAUGGCGGAGGUGCAGCAACUCCGAGUGCAGGAGGCUGUGGACGCCAUGGUGAAAAGUGUGGAGAGAGAGAACAUCCGGAAGAUGCAGGGCCUCAUGUUCCGGUGCAGCGCCAACUGCUGUGAAGACACCCAAGCAUCUAUGCAGCAGGUGCACCAAUGCAUCGAGCGCUGCCAUGCGCCUCUGGCUCAAGCCCAGGCUCUGGUCACCAGCGAGCUGGAAAGGUUCCAGGACCGCCUGGCCCGGUGCACUAUGCAUUGCAAUGACAAGGCCAAAGACUCAAUGGAUGCAGGAACUAAGGAGCUGCAGGUGAAGCGGCAGCUCGACAGCUGUGUGGCCAAGUGUGUGGAUGACCACAUGCACCUCAUCCCAACAAUGACCAAGAAGAUGAAGGAGUCUCUGUCAUCCAUCGGGAAAUAAAAUUGUUUGCCAAUGACCAUUGGGACUGAGGGCAGGCUAUUUAAAAGGAAGAAUGGAAGUUUAAUAUGUUAAGCAAUGUUUACGAAUGAGGAAAACAGACACAGCAAGCUCCAGGCAAAUGCUGCUCACUGCUGAACACUGGGUUCUUUACAUCUGGAUCUUAGAAGGUGAAGUGGAAAGAAGCUGGUGCUAAGAUUUGGAUCGCAGAUAGCUCAGAGGAGAAGUCUAGACCCUAAAUAUUCAUGUGCAAGUGUUUGUUCUGUAGUAGAGAUCAACCUUGUACCAAGUGCUGAGAUUCUUACUACAAACACCAAGGCUGGCGGCUCUCUUCAACCUGCUGGUAAAAUCUGAGGAGAGGUGUGUCUCUUCAGAGAACCUUGACAAAUCCUGUUUACCUGAAGUCUCACCACACCACCUUCCUUAUGCUGAGAGACAAAACCCAGUAGGCUAGUAAUUAGAGGAAAGGACUUCCUUUUCAAAUCUAGACUUUGCUUAGUUUUGUCUUAUGUGCAGAGCACACUGGAUUUAAGAUACAGGAGGGGAGUGGUUUGAAUGACUUCCAAAGGUUCCUAAUAUUAUCUACCAUCAAGAUGGGAAUGUCCAUUUCUUCAAAUUCUGUUUUUCUAGAAGCCCCUGAAGAAGCCAGAGAGUGUCCAUGGGAAAUAGCUUUCUUCAGUGACUUGCACAGCAAAGAAGAGCAAAGGGGGUUGGUUGUCACUUAGGCCAGUCUCUGAGAAUAAACAGUAAAUAAGAAUUGUUGAGAAGUGUUCGACUUGGGUUCACAAAAUAAAAGUUCGAACUCAGUGUUAAUCAGCUCUGAAUUUACAGAAUCUUAUAGCAACAAGGAGGCCUAAAAGUAAACAACUUAGGCCAAGGAAAGCUAGGACCACUAUAGAGCAAGAGGCACACACCUUCUUACCAAAUGCCAUUUUUGCCUGGAUUUUUUUUUUCAGUGCAGUGUUACUGGCCCAACAUAGCACCUUAUCUUUUGGAUAAGUACUAUGUAGUAUUUAUACCAAUUACUUGAAACAGUGAUACAUCUGUCUAUUUGCUGUGUCAAGCCUGCAAUAUAUUUUCCAAGUGGUUUGGUUUUUAAAUAAAGUUUCAUUGUCUCCA